AUGCGGUCACGUACGGUGAUCGUUCCUGUCCUCAUACUUUUUAAUCAGAUAUUCAUCGGGAGGGGUGUAGAACAAGACAGUCGCAAAGAUGUCGACACUUCCGUGCGACUCAGCGACCAGAGCGAGCCCCAGGUACAGGAACAAAGUGUCUACGGGGAUGUUCGGAACAAGUACAAGAAUGAAUUGCCCAACGAACGGUUGUACGGCGACGAUUGCAUGAAGCAAAUGAACUACAUGUCGAUCACGCCGAUAGUGGACCACGGACACAUUUAUGAUUACGAUGCAGCUAUUGGGCUCUGGAAGCACACAUUUGAUUCCCUUGGAAUGGGGUCGGAGGGGAAUUCCGUACUCUUGACGGAGCCUGUUCUCUGCUCGCCAGAACAUCACCAGAAGACGGGAGAAAUCUUCCUGGAACAACUCGGCGUGGAUGAUAUACACAUGUCGAUAUCUGGGCUUUUGUCGAUGUACGGUGCUGGCAAGACGUCCGGCAUAGUGGUGGACAUCGGCGAUGGAAUGGUGCAGGUCGUCCCCAUGGAGGAGGGCCACCUUCAGAAGAGCGCAAUCCGCCGCGAGGAUUUCGGCGGCAUGGAGCUGACCAUGUAUAUGCAGCGGCUCCUGUGCGAGUUGGGAUACCCGAUGACGUCGAGGGAGGACUUCGCGACGUGCCGCAGGAUGAAGGAGGAGCUGUGCUUCUGCUCCCUUGACCCCCGGUCGGAUGAGAACAACGUGGCUGAACUCGAAAAGGAGUACGUGCUUCCCGAUGGACAGACGCUCAGGGACGGUGAAACUAACACCAUAAACAUCUCAGUGGAACGCUUUUACGUCUGCGAAGCCCUCUUCAACCCCAAAAUCAUGGGCUUGAAUCACGUGGGCCUUGCCAACAUGGUCUGGCAGUCCAUCCAAAACUCUGGGUUGACGCAGCGUAGACUUCUCAUGGAAAAUAUAUACUUGUGCGGUGCUGGUUCGCGUUUCGAAAACCUGCACGAGCGCCUCAAGUUUGAGUUGCAGAACAUGGCACAGCCGGGAACGAGGCAGUGCAUCGCUGUUUACACUUCGCGCGACCAGCACCUGCUCAGCUGGAAGGGCGCCUGCUUCUUGGGCGCCCCUGAAGUCCGCAACACCUACAAGGAGCUUUGGGUCACCAGAGCGGAAUACGAGGAGCAGGGUGCACGUGCCUUCCAGCGGCAGAUAAUAAAAUGA